AUGGUUAAAUAUGUCGAUAGUGGCUUCGACGAUGCGCCUGGCGGCAAGAAGAAAAUUAAGAAGGGGUUUAAAUGUGACCGGCGAGAAAACUAUCAGAAGAUGAUCGCAAGGAAACUAACGGGUAAAAAUAUUAAGAGCACGAACACGAACCACGCGUCUGCCCAUGUUCGCAGCGUAACCUUCGACGAGUCCUCGCGUCGUGAAUACCUGCUCACUUUGCACAAGAAAAAGAACGAACGUCGGGUGCAGGCAUUCGUGGAAUCGAAGUGGAAGCUGCGGCGCGAAAAUGCGAAAACGCGCCAGCAGCAGCGCGAGGAAGCGCGUUUGGCUUACAACAGCUACGCGAAGGUCCCGAUUUUGCCGAACUACACCUUCGGCUUAAAUCAGCCUCAGGAGGAUCGGGAAACGGAUUCCGCGGCAGGCGAGGAGGAGGAGGAGGAGGAGGAGGGCGAGGAUUCAACCGCGUCGAAACGGAUGGCCGUGCGGGAGGAAAGCACGCAUGCGAUGCCGGCGGCGAUGUAUGAGGGUGGUGCGGCAGCCUCACCUGAGGUCUUUAAAGACGUCGCGACGGUGGAGGUGAAGCCGCUUUUUCCGCCGCCGCAAGGAGGGGGCGCCGCGGGUUCUUCGCGCCGCCCGGCACUCCCCUCGGCUGACUUUUCGGAUCUUCCCACCGUCGUGGAGGAGGAGCUGCAUCGAUUGCGAUGCGAAACGAAGGGGCCUAGCCGAACGAAGCCAAAGAUCCACAUGCUAAAGGAGUUAGAAAAGAUUCGUAAGAUCAAAAAGCAUUCCCGAAAAGGUCAUGGGAAGAAGACCGUUUCCGGGAAGCGAAAGAAUCGGAAAAAGUAG